UCUCUGACCUCAAUAUCUCGGUGUAUUUUUUUCUGAGGGAGAAAGACGGCUGCUGGCGGCGCCAUAUUGAAAGAAGAAAAUUGUCACAUAAAACGUUAAAACGCGAAAGUUCCCGCCAUGUUGUACCUGGAGGAUUACCUGGAGAUGAUCGAGCAGCUUCCCAUGGAUCUCCGCGACAGGUUUACGGAAAUGAGAGAGAUGGACCUGCAGGUUCAGAACGCCACGGACCAGCUGGAGCAAAAGGUGAUCGAGUUCUUCGUCAACGCCAAGAAGAACAAACCUGAGUGGAGAGAGGAGCAGAUGGAGGUCAUUAAAAAGGAUUAUUACAAAGCUCUGGAAGAUGCAGAUGAGAAAGUCCAGCUGGCCAAUCAGAUUUAUGAUCUGGUGGACCGUCACCUGCGUAAACUGGACCAGGAGCUGGCCAAGUUUAAGAUGGAGCUGGAGGCCGACAACGCCGGCAUCACAGAGAUCCUGGAGAGACGGUCUUUAGAGAUGGACAGUCCGUCUCAGCCGGUCAACAACCAUCACGUCCACUCUCACACCACCGCUGAGAAGAGGAAGUACAGCGCUCCGACUCACCACACUACAGAACACGUUCCAGAGAAGAAGUUCAAGUCUGAAGCUCUGCUGUCCACGCUCACGUCAGAUGCCUCCAAGGAGAACACGCCAGGUUGCCGUACCAACAGCACGUCCUCGUCCACCAACAACGUGUACAGUGUGAACUCGUCUCAGCCUCUGGCCUCAUACAACCUGAGCUCUCUGCCUGCGGGGCCCGGGGCCGGAGCCGGGGCCAUCACCAUGGCUGCUGCUCAGGCUGUGCAGGCCACCGCACAGAUGAAGGAGGGCCGGAGGACGUCCAGUCUGAAGGCGAGCUACGAGGCCAUCAAGAACAACGACUUCCAGCUGGGCAGAGAGUUCGCUCUGUCCCGGGACAACACCGGAUACUCCUCCUCUGCUCUGGCCUCCACCCUCACCCAGACCCUCACCCCCACCACCGCCUCCGACUCCAGGGGACGCAAGUCCAAAAGCAGCAUCAAGUCUUCCAACCACCAGUCCUCUUCAUCGUCCUCCUCUUCCUCUCUGUCAUCCUGCUCUUCGUCAUCGGCGCUGGCUCAGGAGCUUUCCCAGCAGGCCUCAGCGCUGCCCGAGGCCGAGGCCAACAGCCAGGUGGACUGGACCUACGACCCCAACGAGCCCCGAUACUGCAUCUGUAACCAGGUUUCUUAUGGAGAGAUGGUCGGCUGUGACAACACAGACUGUCCGAUCGAGUGGUUCCACUACGGCUGUGUGGGUCUGACGGAGGCUCCCAAGGGGAAGUGGUUCUGUCCUCAGUGUACGGCCGCCAUGAAGAGGAGAGGCAGCCGCCACAAAUAGACUUUAACCUCCAGGUCGUCCUCACAAACAACAACACCACCACCACAAAGGUCAGAGGUCAGAGGUCAACCAACCGCUCACAAACAACACGCUAAAAACACUUCUCACAGUUCUCAGAUUAAAACCACACGUCAGCCUCCAAACAUCCAACGCCACCACGAAACGCUCCGCCUGGCGUCUUUAUCUCACUCUGUGGGAUUAUUUCAACAUCCUGAAUUUAUUCAGCAUCAGAAUUCUUGAUGUUCCACACCGAGAUUAAUCUCAUAACUCACGUUUUAAACACACUCCACCAUUUUAUGUUUUUCUCCUCAUAAAAACAGAACAUUUAAAAACUCUCCGUUAAUUCUGGAAUGUAAAAGUAAAAAUAACCACUGAUCAGACGUCAUCAUGCAUCUCAUUCCAGUUUACUGAGGGCGUAGUGACAAUAAUCUGAGGACGUAGUGACGAUAACCUGAGGACGUAGUGACGACAAUCUGAGGACGUAGUGACGAUAACGUGAGGACGUAGUGACGAUAAUCUGAGGACGUAGUGACAAUAACGUGAGGACGUAGUGACGACAAUCUGAGGACGUAGUGACGAUAAUGUGAGGACGUAGUGACGACAAUCUGAGGACGUAGGACGUAGUGACGAUAACGUGAGGACGUAGUGACGAUAACGUGAGGACGUAGUGACGAUAACCUGAGGACGUAGUGACAACAAUCUGAGGACGUAGUGACAAUAACGUGAGGACGUAGUGACGAUAAUCUGAGGACGUAGUGACGAUAACGUGAGGACGUAGUGACGAUAAUCUGAGGACGUAGUGACGAUAAUCUGAGGACGUAGUGACGAUAACCUGAGGACGUAGUGACGACAAUCUGAGGACGUAGGACGUAGUGACGAUAACGUGAGGACGUAGUGACGAUAACGUGAGGACUUAGUGACGAUAAUGUGACGAUAACGUGAGGACGUAGUGACGAUAACCUGAGGACGUAGUGACGAUAAUGUGACGAUAACGUGAGGAUGUAGUGACGAUAACGUGAGGACGUAGUGACGAUAACCUGAGGACGUAGUGACGAUAAUGUGAGGACGUAGGACGUAGUGACGAUAACCUGAGGACGUAGUGACGAUAAUGUGAGGACGUAGGACGUAGUGACGAUAACGUGAGGACGUAGUGACGAUAACGUGAGGACUUAGUGACGAUAAUGUGACAAUAACGUGAGGACGUAGUGACGAUAAUGUGACGAUAACGUGAGGACGUAGUGACGAUAACGUGAGGACGUAGUAACGACAAUCUGAGGACGUAGUGACGAUAACAUGAGGACGUAGUGACGACAAUCUGAGGACGUAGUGACGAUAAUGUGAGGACGUAGCAACGAUAACGUGAGGACGUAGGACGUAGUGACGAUAACGUGAGGACGUAGUGACGAUAACGUGAGGACGUAGGAAGUAGUGACGAUAACGUGAGGACGUAGGACGUAGUGACGAUAACGUGAGGACGUAGUGACGAUAACGUGAGGACGUAGUGACGUAGUGACGAUAACGUGAGGACGUAGUGACGAUAACGUGAGGACGUAGCAACAAUAACGUGAGGACGUAGUGACGAUAACCUGAGGACGUAGCAACGAUAACGUGAGGACGUAGGACGUAGUGACGAUAAUCUGAGGACGUAGCAACAAUAACGUGAGGACGUAGGACGUAGUGACGAUAACCUGAGGAUGUAGUGACGAUAACCUGAGGACGUAGCAACGAUAACGUGAGGACGUAGGACGUAGUGACGAUAAUCUGAGGACGUGACUCAAGCUUUUUUGAUCAAAAGAUCAAAUGUAACGUUGAGCUGAGGCGGACCACACAGACGGACACGGAGAGGUCAGACGUCAACCUGUCAGGUCAUCUGGUGUAUUUAAAUCCAACUGAAAACAGACCGGCCGAGCAGAUGAUCGACAUUUCUUAAAAAAAAAAAAAAAAAGUUCUGUUAUGAGAUUAAUCCUGAAAAGUUUGGAUUUAAUGUCAGAGCGACAAAAUGAAACUGACAGAAAUAUUAGUUUGAUUAAAUGAUCAGACUUUUUCCCCUCAAAACUCACACACACUAGAAUUUAAUUCAGACUUUGAAAAUCUCAACUUCAUGUGAUCAGAAGUCAGAUUUGUUUAUUUGUGUGUAUCAGUUCUUUUAUUAUUCUUUGUGAAUCUUGAAUUUAUUUUUGUGAAGAUUUUGAGAGUUAAGACUUUAAAAAGAUUGGCAAAAUGUUGAGACCUCUCAAAAAAAUUAUUAUUAUUAUUUUUAUUUUUUUUAAAAAGAGAAAUCAAAUCUGGGAUUUUUUUGUUGUUGUUGUUUUUAAGAUUUUGAGAUUUAAAUCUUGUUAUAAACAACAUUUAGUUGUUCUGACCUGAAUCCAGACUGAAGUUUAUUUUUGUGGUUUGGACAUAAAUCACUGAAUUCAGACGUCUUGACUUAAUAAAAUUUAAUUUGCAGAAUAAAUUUAAACAUUUAUCUCUGGUGACAAAAUUUGGAGGAAGAAAGUUUCUCAGUUUGAGUGGAACUCGUCCAGAUUAUGACUCCAUAUGUUUUUUAAAAACUGAGACUUGUUGAAUUUCUGUGUAAAAUCUGAGAAUAGUAACAGAAGUUAGUGACAUCAUCAAUGAUGUCACAGUGAUGUGGCCGAGCUCCUCUCCUCUGGUGGGAUGUAAAAAACUACAAACAUGGCUGUUGGACUACAACUACAGGAGCCUGAUGAACCUGUUUGAACCGUUAACAUUAAGAUGAACCGUGUGUGUGUGUGUGUGUGUGUGUGUGUGUGUGUGUGUGUGUGUGUGUGUGUGUGUGUGUGUGUGUGUGUGUGU